AUGGCGACCUCACGAGGCACAAGUAUUGCGGAUACGGAAUAUGCGCGUAAGCGCAGAGAAGUCUACAGCUUCCUAAAGGACCUGAAAAGUCUCGGCGCACAGUCCAACAUCCGUAUCCCUCGGAUCGCCGUUAUAGGUGCACAGUCGACUGGCAAGAGUUCUCUAGUCGAAGCGGUAACUGGCAUCAAUGUUCCUCGCGACAGUGGAACAUGUACAAGAUGCCCGAUGGAGUGCACGAUCUCCACGGAACCGACGGAGUGGUCGUGUCAAGUUUCUCUCGAGUAUGACCCAGACGGGAUAGAGGGACAACUUCGCAGGGUCUCGUUCAGCCCGGUGCUCAAAGUUCAAUCCAAAGCAGAAGUCGAGAUAUGGAUCCGCCGGGCGCAAACCGCAUUGCUCAGUCCGCACGCCCCGGCGGACUCCUUCAAGACGAAGACACACCAGGACCUCCAGGCUCUCACCACCUCCGACCCCCAGAUUCGCAAGUUCUCACGGGACGUCAUCGUGGUCGACAUCAACGACCCUGAGGGAACAGAUCUGUCCUUCAUAGACCUUCCGGGUCUUGUGCAGAACCUAGCCUCGGACGACUUGAUCACUCUUGUGAAAGGCCUUGUCCAACAUUAUAUCGCAGACGAGUCAACAAUCAUUCUCAUCACUGUCCCGGCCGCCGAUGAUAUGGAGAAUCAACAGGCUGCACGCCUGGCGAGGGAUGUCGAUCCUGAUGGAAAACGAACCAUAGCUGUCGUGACAAAGCCGGACAACUUGGGAGACGGUGAAAGAGGGUUGCAGCAGCGAUGGUUGGACAUCUUCCAAGGACGAUCGGUUUCCCACCAGCUGAGUCUGGGCUACUACGUCGUCCGCCUGCCCAACGAUGUUGAGAGGAGCAACAAUCUCACCCGCCAGGAGUUGGACAGGCGUGCUCACGAGCUGUUUGCGUCUACGCCGCCGUGGAAGAUGCUGUUGAAUUCCGGUCGACUGGGCUUACCUAACUUCAUCGCGGACAUUAGCAAGCUACUCAUGAAGAUCGUUGAGGAGUCCAUCCCGCGACUGAUAGACGAGGCUAACGCGCGGCUCGCGAAUGUCAACCAAGCCAUCAGUCUCUUGCCCGAGGAGAGGGAGACGGAUGCGACGGUCGAAGUUUCCAGUCGGAUAUCGGACUUCUGCCAGGCCUUACAGAAGGACGUGUAUGGCCGCAACGAGAGCAAAGCGGACUUCAAAAUAGCGAUCUAUAAGACCCGCCCGGACUUCCGCCCAUUCGUGGACUACAAGCAGUAUCGAAGGCCCGACGAUCCUCAGUCACAGCGUGACGAAAUGGACCCAGACAUUGAUGGCAUGGACACCGAGUUCGAUGGGGCGCCCCUGGAUCUGAUUGAAGUACGCGACACGAUCAAGAAGUACGCGCUAUCUGCGAAAGAACGCCUCAUCGGAUUGUCUGUUGACAAGUGGAACGCCCCGGCUGUUGCGUGCUACGAGCGUAUCUGUGCUAUCUUGCGCGAGUUUAUUAACGAGCAAAUUCUGAAGCACUUUGCUCAGUUCAAGCCUCUAGAGUCAUACCUCGGCAAAAUCAUCAGGGAAGAAUGUCUACAGCGCCAGAAGACCGUAUCUGAAAUCAUGCGCGACACCAUCGAACGGGAAAAGACCCCAUACAUCACUCAGAAUAACCACAACCUGAUAUCGGCUAGAGAGGGCUGGCUGCAACACUACCGCGCAUCGUACGGCAACGCAUACUCUUAUUCGCUAGUGACAGUGAUAAAAUCUUAUCGACUCGAAGUUGCGUCCCCGUCUCCAUCCGCGUCUAUUCGCCCGCACGAAGACGAAUUGACAGUGAUGGCGUAUGUCCGCGCCUAUGUCCAGGUAGCGUAUAAGAGAAUAAUUGAUCACGUCCCGAUGUUGAUCCAAAAGGACCUCAACCAAGUCUUCGUGGAUGGCUUGCAGAAACAGCUCAUCAAGAAGUUGGAUCUGGGGGGUGCGGAUGCGUCGGAACGGCUGGAGAAGCUGCUUGAGGAGGACCCGGUGGUGGCGGCGCAGCGUGUGCAGCUUGCGACGGAUAAGGCACGCUUGGAGGAGAUUGUAGUGAAGCUGAGCAGCUUCGCGAUCUGA